CUCUACCACCUUCACCACACUAUGAAUGACUGUGGCCCUUAUCUCCUGGCUUUUCCUCCUUGCAUGGCUGGGGACUACUUGUGUAAUUCCCGGAGAGUCUCACACACCCUCUGUGUCAUCUCCCCAGGCAGGGCAACUUGCUAACUGCAACAAGCCGCUGCUUGCACGGCUGGGGAUGGGUUUGGAACGCGCAGAUGCUGCUGAAAAACUCUGCCUCGGGGCCAGGGGCCUGCAGAGGCGAGACGGGGCAAGGGCUUGCGCGUGCGGGUCUGGCUCCCAGUUCCACACCUAGGCUAACAGUCAGAGCUGUACAGCCCCUCGCAAAUCCCAAGUGCUUUAGGCUUUGAAAAAGAGAAAGAAAGAAAGAAAACUAGCAGGCAGCCUGCUGGCACACAGAGCAGGCCUCGGAAGUGCUUUGCGGGCUUCCAAGAACACCCCUGGAAAGGCUGUGCAUGAAGGAGUCAAGCGAAGUGCUGCGGGGACAGAUGCAGUGCAUGAUGCGGACGCUGCAUGAUCUGAAGAAGGUGCACGACCAUGAGUUCCGACUGGAUCCCCAGGAGAUGGGGAAGGCACCCCCAGCCAUCCCUUCCCCAAAGCAGUGCACCAGUCCCCGAGUGUCAGGACUGUCUGAAGCAGACUCUGCCUGUUGCUUGGAGGUGGCCGUAGAAGAGGAGGUGGCGUUCUCUCCUCCCAGCAGCGAGCGGAGCCUAGAAUUUGACUCUGGCUACUCUGAAGUGUCUGGGAGCAGCUGGCGGGAUGAAGAGGUACCCCCACCCUUACGAGCCAGCAAACUUUCCUCUGGGGGCUUCUUGCGCCGCCGACCACCUGCCAGAAGGCCUCGUCCCAAGUCCGCCUCUGAUGCCUGCCUGGAACGAUGGCGGGAUGUUGAACCAGUGGAUGCGGGAGACUGGACCGUCUCCCUCCUGUCACAGAGCCGCAACCGACAACCUCUGGUGCUGGGGGACAACUGCUUUGCCGACUUGGUUGAGAACUGGAUGGACUUACCUGAGGAGAGUGGGGAGCGUGGGCGGCUUCAGCGCUGGCUGGCCAAACCCCAUGGCUUCCUGCUCAAUCUCUCAGGUAAUGUACGCCGCAGGCUGGCUGGCAUUUCACGCACGGAGCGUGCCAAACAGGACUCUGACGGCACCAAGCGCUUCUCGUGCCCUGUGGGCCUGGGAGGGCGGCCUUCCCUCCCCUACUUUCACCAGUCCCACGCGAAUAUCAGUGAGCUCUCCACAGACUGUAGCAGCUUUGCUGCCCUCAUGAACUGCCGAAGUCGGCAACCCAUCAUUUGCAAUGAUGUGAUUGGCUACAUCUAACCAAGCCUUCUUUUAUAAUCCUCCUUUUUCUAAACAGAUCUAUAUUUUUAUGGUCGUGUGUAAAUAAAUGUUGUUGUUUUUGUACUUUAAGAA